GAGCGCGGUUCUGCCCCCCGUCUGCGUUUUCAGGAGAAGGCGCACGAACUGCUGCACGACAUGCCGGGUGUCCACCCGGCUGGCGGCGCCACCAACUGGGAGUCCACGGCGGCGCCGGACAGAAGUUCCCUGGCUGGUCUGAACGCGCGAGUGGCGGCGCUGGAGUCGGUGCCGCUGGAGGGCCUGGAGGAGACGGCCGCACAGCAGCUCCGCCAAAAGCUGCAGGCGCUGGCCGACAAGCGACAGCAGCUGGACACGAUGGCCGCGCGGCUGGCGCAGCUGACAGAGCAAGGCGAGGCGCCGCCGGAGCCGGCAGGAGACGGCGGCCCGGAGUCGGAGCCGGAGCCGGAGCCGGAGGAGCCGGGUCCGGAGCGGCACGCCGCCGCGAUGGUCGGCCAGCGGGCGCGCCUCCAGCAGCUGGAGCAGUCGGUGGAGCAUAUCAAACAGACGCUGUCGCUGGGCGAGCCGACCGACCAGGAGCGGCGCGACCAGGAGCGCACCAGCCGCCUCCUCCAGCACCAGCAGCUGAGCCUGCAGCGCAAACAGCAGCAGGUGGAGGAGGCGCGCACUCAGCUGGGCCGGCUGCGCCAUCUGAUGGCGGCCGUGGAGCAGGCGCACGCAUCUGGCCAGCGUCUCUCUGAGGCGGUGCCGCACCAGCUGACCGAGCUGCUGGCCAGCGCCCAGUCGGCUGACGGCACGGACGGCGCACCGGACGACGGCCACAGCCGCGCCGCCGAGUACGUGGAGCUGCUGAGCCGACUGCAGGCCUCCAUUGACUCCCUGGCCGCUGACGAGCUCCAACACGACGCGCCACCGUCCUGAGAGGAAACGAACGAAAACCAGCCUGCUGAUGGAUGUGACCAGACGGGCUGUGGCGCUCCCAUGUUGCGAGUGUAAUAGCGUGCUAAAAUAUCCACUCAUUCUGAAGCUCGCGGGGCCUUGUCUCAAUGCUAUUGGUUGAUUUGAUGACAUUCAGCAAUUAUUUCCGGUUUAGAUGAGAAACUAAGCGAUAACUGCUACAGCACAGAUACCUAAAAUUUUCGGACAUUUCAUGGUUCCACGCUGUAUUUGUGUGUACUUUUGAAGACAGAUGAAAAUAAAUCAGAAACCCUAAACAAAAA